GGGACACAGGGAAGCAUGCUUACAAUGGAUACAUGUUUACACACGGACGCAUAUUUUGCACAGGACAUAUGCACAGGAUGCAUGUUUUGCACACGGACACACACGUUUACAUAGGACAAGUGCACAGGACACGUUUUGCACCGGAGGUAUUCUGUGCACGGGACGCACGGUUUGCAGAUGCAAGCACACACACUCCUCAGCGCGACGGGCGAAGCGGGGUGGCAGCGACAGCGGAGUCCGGACCCAGGGACAGCGCCUCCGGGAACCUCGCCAAGGCGGCGGGAACUACAACUCCCGGCUCGGUCGCCUCGGGACGACGCGCGCGGCCCAGCGCAGACGGGCCCCGCCCAGCGGCCCCGCGCGGCCCGGCCCAGGUCCCGGCGCCCAGAGUCGCCGCGCGGCCGCCGGUGAGCCGCAUGGAGCCCCGGGCGGCGGACGGCUGCUUCCUGGGCGACGUGGGUUUCUGGGUGGAGCGGACCCCUGUGCAUGAGGCAGCCCAGCGGGGUGAGAGCCUGCAGCUGCAACAGCUGAUCGAGAGCGGCGCCUGCGUGAACCAGGUCACCGUGGACUCCAUCACGCCCCUGCACGCGGCCAGUCUGCAGGGCCAGGCACGGUGCGUGCAGCUGCUGCUGGCGGCUGGGGCCCAGGUGGAUGCUCGCAACAUCGACGGCAGCACCCCACUCUGCGAUGCCUGCGCCUCGGGCAGCAUCGAGUGUGUGAAGCUCUUGCUGUCCUACGGGGCCAAGGUCAACCCUCCCCUGUACACAGCAUCCCCCCUGCACGAGGCCUGCAUGAGCGGGAGUUCCGAAUGUGUGAGGCUUCUUAUUGACGUCGGGGCCAAUCUGGAAGCGCACGAUUGCCAUUUUGGGACCCCUCUGCACGUUGCCUGUGCCCGGGAGCAUCUGGACUGUGUCAAAGUGCUGCUCAAUGCAGGGGCCAACGUGAAUGCGGCAAAGCUUCAUGAGACGGCCCUUCACCACGCGGCCAAGGUCAAGAAUGUUGACCUCAUCGAGAUGCUUAUCGAGUUUGGCGGCAACAUCUACGCCCGGGACAACCGCGGGAAGAAGCCGUCUGACUACACGUGGAGCAGCAGCGCUCCCGCCAAGUGCUUCGAGUACUACGAAAGUGAGGCACCCCACCGAGCGCACCCCAUCCCCUCCAGCCUUCAGCCUGGACCCCUGACGUGCCGGCUCCCUGCGGGCUUCUGCGGAGAACUAGGCUAGACACCUCUGACUCUGUCACAGCUCUGCAGGGUGAGCUUGAGGAAGGCCACUGGCGUCCGAGGGCUGGAGAAGAUUGCCAAGUUAAACAUCCCGCCCCGGCUCAUUGAUUACCUCUCCUACAACUGAAUUGCAGGUGGGGUCUGGACCAUGACUGCCCCCGUUGUGCCCAGCAUUGCCCGGGUGAGGGCUCUGCCUGUUCCUCUGAAGCAGCGUGAUUGCUGUAGAUAGAACAACGCUCCUUCGAGUCCCUUCCUGCGAUCCUGUUUAGGCUUCUCUCCUGGAUCCUGGAUAAUGUUUCCAGGGUGUUAGGAAGGCCUGCGUCUCAGGUCACAAUUGUGGGUGUGGCCCUGCACUGUUCUACAGAACCUACCCUCUCAAUGGGCAUGGGCCCAACCAUCCAGUUUUCCUCUUUUACGGACCAUCCUCAAAGGCACUCUCAGGACAGAUGCGUGGGGAGCACAGAGGAGGCUGGCAGAGCUGGGGACUCAGGGCAUUGUUGCUGAUUCCCACUCGCCGGGGCAGCCUGCCGCAGAUGCACAGGCCCCAGGUGCAGGCCACCACCUCCGGGUCGGCACCAGGACUGCCCUCGGUGCUCAUAGGGAAUGGCUGGGCCCACGGAAGUUCGGCCUGGGAUGUGGCCUGGGACUGCUGCUCUGCUGGCUGCUGUGUGGAUGCUUUUCCUGGAGCACUUUCCAAGGCAUCCCCCAGCCCCAAGCCUGCGCGCAUCCGUCACUCAGGGGCUUUCUAUGGGUCUUUGUGGGGGAAGGCCCUGGCUUUGUAUUCCCCACAAGUAACACUGAGUUUCUUAGGAAAUUUGUCUUCAGUAUUAGGUCUCCAACUCUUGUAAAAAGUUUAUAUGUAGGAUAAAAACCUUUUAGAGGACACGUAGGUGGUACCACUAAGGUUUUGGUAAUGAGCCAUUCAAACCGACAGCAGUGUGAAGGUGUGUCAAGGUGUAUAUUCUCAUGGCUCGGCAUUCUCAGUGCAAAGGCCUGUUUGGAGACUCUGUGGGAAUUGUUUUUCAUCUGUUUCUGUGGUUGUCAAAUGAAUUCUUCACCCACCCUACAGUUUGCUAACUCCUUGAAGCUAUCAAAUUAGUAAGAGAGGCUGCCCGCACCCAGGGGGCACCAUCGCCCACUUAUUAUUUAGUUUUGCAGAUACUCAUGGACCAUCUAUCACAUCCAGCAUUGUCCCAGUGCUUUGAGUUGGACGGGAAUGGGACUCUGCAGCCAAGGCAGAAUAAGAAAAUCUUGCAAUCCCGUCCUGCAGUGAUAGAAACAGGUCGUUCUGCAUUAUAAGCCAUAGGUGGAGCAUUCGGUAGCGUAUUCAGACUGCACGGGCCGGCCUAGGAGUCUUUGUCUUCAUAAAUUUUAAGAACCCCGCCCACAACAGGGAGUUAAACUGGAGGACUUUGCAUGAUUAGUUCAGGGAUGAGUGGUUUCUGGGGCAUCUGAGGUCAGGAGUUCGAAACCAGCCUGGCCAACUUGAUGAAACCCCAUCUCUACCCGUUCUGGAGAACAGGUCACGCCUGUCCUGGAGACAGUGUGCCCGGAAAAGGGAACGUAGUACUCACUGGAUGCACCCAGGCCGGCCCGAGCCUCCCACCGCAGACAGUGUGGAACAGAGUGAGCCUGAGCUGCCCAAGGCGAUGCCCUUCGUGCUGUAUGACUGGAGGCCUCUCCGCGUGGGUACUUGGGGGUGGGGCCACAAAUCUGGCGAAAAACUUCAUGCUGGCCGCCGUGAGGUUUUUCUCCAGCGUUCCCGCCAUUGUCAUGGCGGGUCUUCAUCCUAAACUGAGAAGAAAAACAUUCCUGUUUGAUCACCGCCUUAGUUACCAGUUCUGGAUCAGUCAGUGUUUCUGCAUGGAAUAACAACCAUUAAAAAAAGCACUGGGUUCUGCCCUUUCAUCUUUGUAAGAGAUUCUUGCCUCUAGCAAUGACAUCCUGUGAUGUCUCACAGUAGAGCACUUAGCGCAGAAUCAGGUCCCCACGGCUGUUGCUCAAUAAAAGUGGCGGAAUAAAGUGCA